AUACAAGAGAAACAGAGGAAAGAUGAAGAAAGAAGACAGAAGGAAGAAGCCAAAGAAAGAAGAAGGAAGGAAAGAGAACUAAAGAGAAAACUAAAGUUAGAGAAUGAAGAAAUUAAGCAGCAAAAGAAGAAGAAAGUAGAGCUAAGCAAGGAGUAUGAAGAACAAAGUGAUGAAGAUGAUGGCGAAGAAGAUGAUGAUGAUGAUGAAGAAUAUGAUGAGCCAUGUGAUAUUUGUGAAGAAAAUGAGGAUGCUAGGGGUAAUGGGAAAGAGGCUGACAGGAUGGUCGAAUGUAACAUUUGCCUUACCUGGUACCAUGUCUCAUGUGCACGAUAUGCAGGCUCUAACAUCCCAAGAUGGGGCAGAAUAAAAUUUGACAAAUUUGUAUGCUAUAAGUGUGCAUAAUUAAUGAUACUAGUUAUAGUAUUAUGGUAAAAAAUCUAUGACAGUAAUGAUGAAAUAUGACUUGACGUGAAAAAAGUG